CUGUCUGCUCUGUUUACCAUUUGAUAAAAUGACGGACCUUACUGUUGUGACAAAUGCAGUGCUUGAUGGUAUUUAAUAAAUACCCUAUUAGACGUUUGAAGAUAUGCUAUCAAGACAACCGUUAAUACGUUAGAUACUUGCUGGACUUGGAAUGUAGUCAUCGUUUAACUUACUAACGCAUUUACUGUUUCGUAUGUAUGUAUGUUAGUCAUUAGCUUUGGCAACAGCUUGCAGACUAAUAAUGGAAGACUUACAGUUAAACGAAGCAGAACUUCGGUAUUUCGAAGAUUUGUUUACAGGUUGCGAUGUAGAUAACACAGGAAAAGUCCCUGUGUGCAAAGCAUCAGAAUUGUUCAGGACUGCUAACCUGCCUAGUGACACUUUGAGUAAGAUUACAGACUUGUGCGGUGGGAGUCGAGUGACACACUUUGGGCGCAAGCAGUUCUACUUGGCCCUCAAGCUGAUUGCGGCGUUCCAAGCCGGCCUGCCGCUGCGUCCGGAGCUGUUCCACGGGUCCCAGGACAUUCCCCUCCCCCACUUUGGGCGGCACAUCAACUCUCUAGAUCAUUGGGAGACACAUAGUGUUGGUCGCAAUGCUGGGAGUCCUGACCUAAUUCAGUUGAGCGAUUCAGAUCCGACACCACUGCGGGAGGUAGUGACAAACAACCGAGAAGUGGAGCCCCCUCGCUCCAACGGGGGCGGUCCGUCGCCCCUGACGUGUUCCCCGGAGGCCUCGAGCACUGCCAGUGACUCCCCCACGCCAACCAACAGUGUCCAGGAGAGGAACUGGGCGGCCGGCACUCACUGGCACGGCGUCGUGUGCGAGGAGCAGCGCCAGUUGCUGGGCACGGAGGAGGAGUCCUCGGACCGGCACAGCAGCGACGAGGACGCGGGCGACGUGUGGACGGUGACGGAGGAGCAGCGGGAGUACUACGCCGCGCAGUUCCGCUCCCUGCAGCCCGACCCGCGCGGCCUGCUGGCCGGCCCCGUGGCACGCACCUUCUUCGAGAAGUCCCGCCUGCCGGUGCACGAGCUGCGCAAGAUUUGGCAGCUGUCGGACGUGACGAAGGACGGCGCCCUCUCGCUGGAGGAGUUCAACACGGCCAUGCACCUGGUGGUGCUGCGCAGGAACAACAUAGAGCUGCCGGACGCUCUGCCCCCCUGCCUGGUCCCCCACCGGCAAGUCCCGCCGCCGCCGCCGCCGCCGGCCGCCUCCAGCCGGGAGGCCAGCCCCCCCAACCUGUCGCCGGCCAACGAGGAGCACUCCUCCCCGCACCGGAGCAAAGAGUGGACCAAGUUCGUGGACUCUCCCACUAGUUCUGUUUCAUCGCCCGGCCCCAAACCAGUCAAUUUUGACUUCCACAAGUCAGCUGUCGAGCAGGACCCGAAAAUUCUCCACCCUGUGCCCCUGCGCCUGACCCCGGAGUCCCAGAGCCUGCCCCAGGCCGACGAGGAGCCGCUGAAGUCGCCCCGCAAGCUGACGGACCCGCAGCCGAUCCCGUACGAGCAGCUGGCGAGCGACCGGCCGGGCAGCCCCAAGCGGGACCUCGGUGGAGGCAGCAACCCCAGCAGCCUGGCCUCCGACAUCCGCCCCAUCCAGCGCCCGCAGCCCAAGAAACCUGCAGCACCUGGUCCCGGUGCUAUCCCCCCACCACCGCAGCCCUUGCUGGGGUCACUGCCAGAUGAAGCGGUCGGCCAGGCAGCGGGGAGCCAGUCCGGCCCGACCAGUUUGCCCGUGGUGCCCAAGAAGGAGCCCCCUCCUCCCCCGCCCCCGCGACCCUACCGCACCCACGCCCGAAGCUCGUCGCUGGACCUCAACAGAAUAAGUAAAACAGGGAGCCUUCUGCUGGGGGCCCCUCCGACUGUCCCGCCGCGUGUCUCUCCAAGCACCACGUCGCCCAAGAAGUUGGUCGGCCAGCGCAGCGAAGGGGACGUCAUCACGCUGGCGGGGGAGCAGUCGGGGUUCGCCGACUUCGCCCAGUUCGGCCAGGACGAGGAGUCGGGGGCGGACAGGCUGCCCCCGCGGAGGCACGGGGCGUUCGAGGUCUACCGCAAGCCCAGCGGCUCCUGGCCUGGAGGGGGAGACCCGGCCGCGGGGAACGCCGGCAGCCCCUCGGAGGACCCGCAGACGCAGCUGGGGAACGGCAGGGAGCAGGGCUCACUGCUGAGGCUGCAGGAGCAGAACUGCCUGCUGGCGCGGGUGUGCCAGGAGCUGAGUCGCGAGCUGGCCGAGGUGCGGGAGGAGCGCGCCGCCCUCGAGAUGCAGCUGGAGCGGCUGCGCUCCCAGCUCGAUCGAGGUAGAUUGGAGCUCCAAGACUGACCAGGCGCGACACUGUGCGAACGGCAAGUCGUGGCUUGAGGCGACCGGAGUAUUUAUUAAUCAGUCCCAAGUGCAGCUCUACCCUCAUCAUCCACCAGUCGUCAUGUACACGUUAACUUUGUUGUUGCUGUUCGAGAGGGUUUCAAAACUUUCAUCGUUCAUUUCGUUACUUUCUAAGUUACUUAUUGAUUUGUAGCGUGGUUCUGUUACACGGAACGUAGUGACUGUCUUAAGAGGUAUAAGACAUUCCGUAAUGGCAUGCACAGUGUAUUUGAUAAUCUCUCGUACGGUAACUAUUGCUCCCGAAAUAGUUGAUCGUGUUGAAGGAGUUGGUGCGGAGGUAUGUUGGUUUGAAGUGCCAUAGUUUUUCAGUCGGCCGUGUUUUCUUUUUCAUUCGUUGCAAACGAGCGCUGCUAGUUUAAGCAUGUCGGGAGCCAUCCCGAUUGUUGUUGCAUUUUUGUGGGCGCAGUGAGGGCAAUGAGAGAUAAUUUUAUUUUUAGAAUACCGUUGUUGGACAAAUGUCAAAUUAACAUUGUUAAUGGAAAGAACUGGAAACUGUUUGUUGGAGAAAGCAAUUGUUUCGUUGUGUUUUCUUCCCCCCUCCUGUUUACGGGGAGCUGUGAAACAAUAAUAAUUGAGAAGCUUACCGUGCUGCUGGUCAGAGACUAAGCUCGACGUCUUUCAGUGUUACUAAGCUUGUAAAAAUGUAUUAUAUUCCGCUCGCCGCGCAGGGGCUUAUGUGCUGCCACGAUGUAGCCCUGGGAUCCCCGAGAUCUGCUGAAGCUUGCUGUUUGUCUGGAUAGUAAGAUAGCCGUUGUUUUGUGUCUCCCUCUCCCGAGGAAGCAGUGACGUUCUCCUGACUUGCUAGUUUCUGCUUGUACGAUGGCAUUUUGAGUUGUACGACGCACAGUGUUCGGAGCAGUCACAACUCUUUAAUUCAGGUGCAGUUUUCAUCAAUCGCUAAGGUUUUUUUUUAUUUUUUAUUUUUAUGAACGUGUAAGCCAAACUGCAGCUACUUCAUCACUUAUAAUUAUUGCUGCUUCAGUUAAAAGGAAAUAAAAUCCAAAAAUGUCGUCGCUGGCCAAAUGUGCUUCUUAUGUUGUAGUUACACAGUCCCAGAUGUGUUUCUAGUCUGAAGAGAUUAUGAUUGAAAUUUUGUUAGCAAAAAAUAAAGUUAAAGUGUUAUUAUCAGACAAAUUGUAAAUUAUGUGUCACUAAAAUGUAAACUAGAUUGCAAACUAAAAAAGAGAAAAAAAAGAUACAUUCAUUCCAUUCUUCGUUUGUUGUUUUGGAUUUUAAAUUUUAUAAACAACUGUUUGGAUGUUCACAUUGUGUGCGGCUUUUUUGUGUAGGUUCACAGAGGCUGAAAAGCUCACUUUUUAUUUUACCUUUACUUUGUGGAAGUUAUUUGUUUUUGCUUUUGGGAAAGCACUCAAUAUGUACACACAUAAAUUUAAAAUAUGACAAUUUAUAUACAUAUAUUUGCAGAAUUAUCAUGAUUAUUUGUUACUAUGAUUGAAGUGUUUGUUUCCGAGUUAUCUCAUACCUGCUAUAAUAUAAAAUUGUGUGUGUGUUGCAAUACAGUAAACAAAACUUUCUACUGUCCCAGCUCAUUUUCUUUCAACAUUUUAGCUAUCUUGAUACCUCCACAUCGUACGUUGGAUGUACAUAGUUUUCGUUAUUGUGGUUGUGAAACAACCAUGUAGCACAUUAGUAUGCAUAGUAGUCCAGUGCCUGAAAUAUAUUUUAGAAUGCUCAUUUUGAUGGGGAUUACUAUGAGCAUUUUUAGUGCUAAAUGUGUGUACAUGUUAGCAACAUAGAAAAUGGAACUGUAUAACAAGAAGAAAAUAUAACAUCUGAGAUUUUUAAGAUAGAAACAAUUACAUUUUUAAAACAUGACUGCUGGCAACACCAGUUGUUUACCAGCCAAUUAAUAUAAAUUCAGGUGUGUGAGAGUCAUUUUGGCCAUCCUGGUUGUAUGUCCACAAUAAAAACUGUACAGUGAAACCUCAUUCAUUAUAAAGUGCCUAAUUAUAUAAAGGAUUUCUCGCUUUAAA